AUGGAGAAACGGAAGUCAGCCGGACUGCUGACCCUUCAGUAUGCGCUGCGCACCGCGCCCCUGGGCGUGCCAGGGACCCUGCCUCUGCUACCGCCGAGGGACCCCUUCAGGGUUUCCGUGCGUCUGGACGCCGCGUGCUGGGAGCGGGCGCACCGGGGCUGCGCGCGGGGAAGGCCACGCCCGCCCCCGCCGCUGCGCGGCGCCCUGGAGCCCGCCUUCCUCCGCCAGCGCAACGAGCGYGAGCGGCUGCGGGUGCGCUGCGUGAACGAGGGCUACGCGCGCCUCCGAGACCACCUGCCUCCGGAGCUGGCCGCCCGGCGCCUCAGCAAAGUGGAGACGCUGCGCGCCGCCGUCAGCUACAUCAAGCACCUCCAGGAGCUGCUGGAGCGCCACGCGCGCGGACACGAGGGCCCCGCCGGCCCCCAGCGCAGGGCCGAAUGCAACAGCGACGGCGAGUCCAAGGCCUCGUCGGCGCCCUCGCCCUGCAGCGAGCCGGAGGGUGCGAGCUAG